ACUUCCUGUCAAAACAUUCUCAAGUUUUGCAACUUCGUUUUGCUUCUAAAGGUCUCAAAAUUGGGACGAGUAUGUCCAAAUAUCGCAAGGCAUCCCAUGCUGGGAGCUGGUACCUGUCCAGCAAAUCUGAUCUGAAGAAGCAGCUGAAUACCUGGCUGGCAAAUGCCAGCGUCGAUGCUGAGACUUAUCCUGCCCGGGCCAUCAUUGCACCGCAUGCUGGCUAUGCAUAUUGUGGCGAAUGUGGAGGUUAUGCCUACAGGCAGGUGGAUCCUUCAAGAGUGAAACGUGUAUUUAUCCUCGGGCCAUCUCAUUUUGUCCGGAUGGAUUACUGCGCACUUUCUUCUGCCGAGGUCUACCAAAACCCCAUCAUGGAUCUGGAAAUCGAUCAAAAAAUUUAUGAUGAAUUGAAAGCGACUGGCAGGUUUGAGACUAUGAAGCUGCAUGUUGAUGAGGAAGAACACAGUAUAGAAAUGCAUCUUCCGUACAUAGCUAAAAUUAUGGAGAGGCCCCCAGAUCAAAAACAGGUGACCAUUGUGCCAGUUCUAGUAGGUGCACUUCCACCAGAGAAGGAGGUCGAAUAUGGUCAGAUAUUUGCCAAAUAUCUAGCUGAUCCAGAGAACCUCUUCGUAAUCUCAUCCGAUUUCUGCCACUGGGGUAAAAGAUUUAGGUACAUCCAUUAUGACAAAUCUCAUGGUCCUAUUCAUAAAUUCAUCCACAAAUUGGACAAACAAGGUAUGGACACGAUAUCAAAAUUGGAGCCGCAUGCAUUUUCUGAAUACCUGAAGACUACUCAAAAUACUAUAUGUGGGAGGUAUCCGAUAUGUGUAUUACUCAAUGCAAUCAAGUCCUUUCGUUCAAGUAUUAAUGGAAACGGGUGCAGAAUGCAAAUGAGAUUUAUAAAAUACGUGCAGUCAGGCCAGUGUACAGACGUUGAAGAACAUUCUUCAGUAAGCUAUGCAGCUGGGGCCUUUGUUGUCCGGCAGUGAUGAAAGGACCAGCUUCAUGGAGUUCCUGCAUUUGCCAGUUCAACCAGGUAGUGUGGGUUAUAGGCGGGUCAGUAUUUAUGACAACCUUUUUAUUUAGGUCACAGUUCAGACAUGAUGUUGACUAAUCAAGGGCUCCCCUUACAAAGCAUUCAGGUCUGUGCAUUACAUGUAUGAGGGAGUGAGAUCAACAGGGGAAUGCGGCCAGACAACUUGAUAAUGAGAGGAUUUUAUGUAGUCAUGUUUUUGAAUAAUUUAUAGUCCAUGUUGUACACAACAAGCUUAAACAAUCUGCUGAUAUCAAUGAUAUUACUAGAAGUGCUAGCCUCCAUGGCCUGUCAUGGCAUCUCAUAUAGACUUCGUUUGAACUGACAAAUGCUUGGAAUGAACUACCACGAGUUCAUCAUUGCCCGUUCCAUUGCUUAGUUGGACUUUCCCAUCGUCUACAUCAUUGCUGUGAUCUGAAGAUCAUGUGAUCAUUCUACUGCGGAUCGGAAGAAUGGACCUCAAAUCGUUAGAGACCAUCUUAAAAUAUACUAAUGCCAAGAAAACAGGUUUAGUUUAGAAGGGGAGGAGAUGUUGUCCAAAAGGUUUCAAUUCAUGUUUAUGGCAUCAAUUGAUAUCAGCUGAAGCUAAAGAAUCGUUGUUUUUCGGAAACAAAACUGGUUACAGUAUUUUUGGCAUCGGGAUAUUUUGAAGUGGUCCCUUGUGAAGGUUAGGACAGGGCACUUAUUGAACAAUAUCACAAAUUUUCUCCACAUUAUCAUGUAUGAAAACCUGUUAAGAAUAUUGAAUUAAGCGGCACAGAAAAUACUGCUUUUAAUGCCUGUUGUAUCUACUUGGCAAAUUCAUAUGUUGGCUGGCCUGGUUUGCCAGCUACAUGUAUAAAUAGUUCAGGUACAAACCUCAUGGAUGAUGUCCGGUUUCAUUUUGAUUUCCUAUUCUAUAAAUCCAAAACAUUUCCAUGAAGAGUUACAAAAAAGAGAUUGCUGAGAAAACAUACAGGUCACAAAGGGGGAUUUUAUUACGAAGCUGGAAACUGCUGUAUUUUGGGUUAUGACGAAACUAUUGUAAGUGUGUUUGCAGAAGUAUUUUGGAGAAUCGAAAUUUGUAGAGGAGAUUGCAAAAAAAUUGAAAAAGAUAGUUUAGUUUGAAAAGGUCAAUAAAAAGUAAAAAAUGAAGAGAUUCAAGGAACUUUUUAUGGUGUUUAUUCUUCACUAGAUCAUGGAAUAGAAGAGACAGUAAGGUAUAAGGGGAAACUAUUAGUACUGCACUGGGGAUUCAGGUGCCACGGACAUUUUGGGGAUAUGGGAUUAACACUUUGAUUCCUUGGCAUGGUGUUUUUAAUUCGGGCAACCAAAACAAAAGAAUGUGUUGUGGGUUUAUUAAGAAUGGUCAUGUAGAUCUGGUUAGCAUUUUCAGCGUUUUCUGAUCCAAGUUAGUUAUUUAUAAACAAUUAUUAAAACAGUUCAGUAUGUUGUUUAAAACGAUAUAAAUUAUUGUCAAUAUGCCUUUGUCCUAUAGUUAUAAAUGAUGCAUGCAUUGUCUCAAUUAAAAUUUGCCAGCAUGUGUACAUGUAAUCAUACAGCAAUUGUCAUCAUGUGGUCAGAUUGGUAGUUUCUGUGUUGCAAACUUGAUGGAAUGCCUCGACAAUUUUGGAAGUGUGAUACUACUGGAAGUGCGUGGCUCCAUACCUAGUACAACCAUCAGAACAUUACAUUUUCCAGGCUCCUAUGAACGACACUUACAUUGUAAUGACAACAAGGUUCUAGCUUCAUAAUAGCAAUAAAGCAAACUUGUAACACAGAAAUAAGCCAGUCGUUGAACUCCACCAUUAACAUGUUUUGAAAACUGUAAGGCAUUUUCAUAUAAUGUAUUCAUAUAUUUUACAUUUCAAAUGUAGCAGAAUGAGUUUUAAUGUCAGUCAAUUUGUUAGAAUAAUAUUUGUGUGUUCUCUAAUAUGUUUUUGUUCUUGAACGAUUUAUGUUUAUUAUUAUGACUAUAUGUCGAACAGGAGUUGACCUGAAGAUAGAAUACUGAGUACAGCAGUCAAUGCCCCUUGCAGCCUGGAGGGUCUAUUUAUAGUACUGAAGCUGACCAUUUGAACAAUACAUUUUUUUAGCAGGGAAGUCAUAAUGAUCAGUUUCCGUUCUGUAUCCUAUUCCUGGUGUCCAAUCAUCAUGUGACUUCUCUCUUUGUACAACGAUCUUUAGAAAGUUGCCGUUAGAACCUUAUUCUUUUAAAAUUUUAGCCAGGUCAGAUGAAUUGACACUAUGCUAAAAGAGCUUAUCUUCAAGUUUCUUUGAACCUUUAACCAACUGUUGUCUGUCCUGUGUUAGUGUUGUUGGAACUUCUGCUGAUCAAGGUAUUCUCAGAUAAUGUCGGCAAAGUUUAAAAUAGCCGAGUGUUAGAAGCCCAGUUGGAUAUCCUGAUGGUUGUUGCAAUGUCCAGGUGGCCCAAGCUCAAGUGGUGAUGUUAGCAUCCCUCAGAAGUCACCAGUUAGACAGUCGGACAAUAGGUGGACUGUCUAACAACACCACUGAUAAGCACUAGUGGACAGUGGGUGGGAAUCGUCUCAAACCACUUAAGUUGCCAGCCGAGGAAAACAAACUGCCUUACGGGCUAACAACUCGUGCAUUUCAGGAACUAGAUAUUAAAUCAUACUUUCUCAUCAUUUGCAUUGUCAAGUUGCUCAGAUCAAGUUCGUGGAAUUGCGUUGGUCCUGAAAAUCUGGGCUUGUUAAUCUGUCAUACGUGUGUUAUCAAGCAAUGUAACCUGUAUUACAUAUAUGAUUAUUUUGUAAUGAUUUUACACGUAGUUGUGCUAUUUGUACAGACUCUAAGUCUUCAGGCCUGCGAUUCCCCGCAUGUUUGUAGAUGUUGCCAGUUCUGUCCCAGAAAUUCUCCGAGUUACACCGAGUGACAUGUAGCAUCCACAGUUUAAGGAACUGAAGCAUCUCAUUCUGCGGUGUAAACGCAAGUGCUACGAAACUGCACAGCGGUUCCUAGGUGGGUUGACAGUAGGGCAACAAUAUUGAGGGAAUCACAAUGCUGAAAGCAGGGCCCACUAGUUCAAAUCAAGCUUGUAACUUACUUAGUUUUAACUUUAACUUGGUGUGAGGUUAACUGAGGAAGAUAAUGCCAAGUUUCAUGUACAUGUAGUGUCUUGUUUUUGAACCACUGGGCCCAGGACUUCAGUUAUUCCAAAUGAUCCCCAUAAAACUGUUAGCAUUCUCAGUCUUCAAUUGGUCAUGUUCCCUGCUUCUUUCCUUUUCUGUAUCAUCUUUUGGUAUUGAAAUAAUAAAGAAAUGAAUUUUA